CACCCAAGCUUACAAUACAACAAUGGCCGUCAAAGCAAUAAUCCAUAUUCUGUUGCCUCUUGUCUUCUUCCUUGUCUUCAGUUCAUUUGUCCCAAGAAUUUACAGUGACGGUGGUGGGUGGCAGAAUGCCCACGCCACAUUCUACGGCAACCAAGAUAUGGGGGGAGCAUGUGGAUAUGGUGCCGCUACGAGCUACGGUCCCUACACCGCAGCACUAAGCAAUGCUCUAUUCAACGAUGGGUACAGCUGCGGGUCGUGUUAUGAGUUGCAGUGCACCAACGACACACAGUGGUGCAUCGCAGGCACCGUCACCGUGACUGCUACCAACAACUGUCCGCCGGACCCGAGUAAACCUAAUGACAACGGUGGGUGGUGCAACCCCCCUCUCCAACACUUCGACUUGUCGGAGCCUGCCUUCUUGAAGAUCGCGCAGUAUAAGGCUGGGAUAGUUCCGGUACUGUACAGAAGGGUUUCGUGUGCUGUGCAAGGAGGCAUAAGGUUCACCAUGAACGGCAACCCCGACUUCAUCUUGGUAUUGAUAUCGAAUGUGGGUAGUGCAGGGGAUGUCCGAGCCGUAUCCAUUAAAGGAUCCGGGACAGGGUGGGAAACCAUGACUAGGAACUGGGGCCAAAACUGGCAGAGCAACGCCAAACUGAUUGGUCAAAGCAUAUCCUUCAAGGUCACCACCAGCGAUGGCAAGUCCGUGACCAGCAACGAUGUAGUGCCAGCCAAUUGGAAAUUUGGACAAACUUUUGAAGGAGCUCAGUUCUAGGUUAAUGAUCCGCAAGUCAUUUUAUAGCUUUAGUGUUCUUAUAGUACCUCACCAGUGGGGUGGUGGAUUUUCUUUUCCAAAUUGCGGGUCAAUUACAUUUGCUGAGCCAACAUACACUGGAUUUUAUUUGUGCUGUCCCUUCAACUCAAAUCUAUUCGAAGUCUUUU